GGGGCUGCGGCGCGGGGGGCGGGGCGGCCUGGCCCGGGACACCCCCUCCUGGUCCCCUGGCGGGGCAGCGUCUGCUCUGGCAGCACUGGAGGAGGCGGCGGCGUCCAGAGGGCGACUUGCGGGGCGCGCAGGCCGCCGUGCACCCGGGACGCUUCCCCCUCGGGGACCCUCCGCGGGCUCCUCCACCGCGCCGUCCCGCGGGAGCCGGCGGGACCCCGGGCGGGCGGCGCGGGCGGCACCAUGAGGCGGCAGUGGGGCGCGCUGCUGCUUGGCGCCCUGCUCUGCGCACACGGCCUGGCCAGCAGCCCCGAGUGUGCUUGUGGUCGGAGCCACUUCACAUGUGCAGUGAGUGCUCUUGGCGAGUGUACCUGCAUCCCUGCCCAGUGGCAGUGUGAUGGAGACAAUGACUGCGGGGACCACAGCGAUGAGGACGGAUGUAUGCUACCUACCUGUUCCCCUCUCGACUUUCACUGUGACAAUGGCAAGUGCAUCCGCCGCUCCUGGGUGUGUGACGGGGACAACGACUGUGAGGAUGACUCGGAUGAGCAGGACUGUCCCCCCCGGGAGUGUGAGGAGGACGAGUUUCCCUGCCAGAACGGCUACUGCAUCCGGAGUCUGUGGCACUGUGAUGGUGACAAUGACUGUGGUGACAACAGCGAUGAGCAGUGUGACAUGCGCAAGUGCUCCGACAAGGAGUUCCGCUGCAGUGACGGAAGCUGCAUUGCUGAGCACUGGUACUGCGACGGUGACACCGACUGCAAAGAUGGCUCUGAUGAGGAGAGCUGUCCCUCAGCAGUGCCAGCACCUCCCUGCAACCUGGAGGAGUUCCAGUGUGCCUAUGGCCGCUGUAUCCUCGAUAUCUACCACUGCGAUGGCGACGAUGACUGCGGAGACUGGUCGGACGAGUCUGACUGCUCCUCCCACCAGCCCUGCCGCUCUGGGGAGUUCAUGUGUGACAGUGGCCUGUGCAUCAAUGCAGGCUGGCGCUGCGAUGGUGACGCGGACUGUGAUGACCAGUCUGAUGAGCGCAACUGCACCACCUCCAUGUGUACAGCAGAACAGUUCCGCUGUCGCUCAGGCCGCUGCGUCCGCCUGUCCUGGCGCUGUGAUGGGGAGGACGACUGUGCGGACAACAGCGAUGAAGAGAACUGUGAGAAUACAGGAAGCCCCCAGUGUGCCUCGGACCAGUUUCUGUGUUGGAAUGGGCGCUGCAUUGGGCAGAGGAAGCUGUGCAACGGGGUCAACGACUGUGGUGACAACAGCGACGAAAGCCCACAGCAGAAUUGCCGGCCCCGGACGGGUGAGGAGAACUGCAAUGUUAACAACGGUGGCUGUGCCCAGAAGUGCCAGAUGGUGCGGGGGGCAGUGCAGUGUACCUGCCACACAGGCUACCGGCUCACAGAGGAUGGGCACACGUGCCAAGAUGUGAAUGAGUGUGCCGAGGAGGGGUAUUGCAGCCAGGGUUGCACCAACAGCGAAGGGGCUUUCCAGUGCUGGUGCGAAACAGGCUAUGAACUACGGCCCGACCGGCGCAGCUGCAAGGCUCUGGGGCCAGAGCCUGUGCUGCUGUUCGCCAAUCGCAUUGACAUCCGGCAGGUGCUGCCGCACCGUUCUGAGUACACACUGCUGCUUAACAACCUGGAGAACGCCAUUGCCCUUGAUUUCCACCACCGCCGCGAGCUUGUCUUCUGGUCAGACGUCACCCUGGACCGGAUCCUCCGUGCCAACCUCAACGGCAGCAACGUGGAGGAGGUUGUGUCUACUGGGCUGGAGAGCCCAGGGGGCCUGGCUGUGGAUUGGGUCCAUGACAAACUCUACUGGACCGACUCAGGCACCUCAAGGAUUGAGGUGGCUAAUCUGGACGGGGCCCACCGGAAGGUGCUGCUGUGGCAGAACCUGGAGAAGCCCCGGGCCAUUGCCUUGCAUCCCAUGGAGGGUACCAUUUACUGGACAGACUGGGGCAACACCCCCCGUAUUGAGGCCUCCAGCAUGGAUGGCUCUGGACGCCGCAUCAUUGCUGAUACCCAUCUCUUCUGGCCCAAUGGCCUCACCAUCGACUAUGCUGGGCGCCGUAUGUACUGGGUGGAUGCUAAGCACCAUGUCAUCGAGAGGGCCAAUCUGGAUGGGAGUCACCGUAAGGCUGUCAUUAGCCAGGGCCUUCCGCAUCCCUUCGCCAUCACAGUGUUUGAAGACAGCCUGUACUGGACAGACUGGCACACCAAGAGUAUCAAUAGCGCUAACAAAUUUACAGGGAAGAACCAGGAAAUCAUUCGCAACAAACUCCACUUCCCUAUGGACAUCCACACCUUGCACCCGCAGCGCCAACCUGCAGGGAAGAACCGCUGUGGGGACAACAAUGGAGGCUGCACGCACCUGUGUCUGCCCAGUGGCCAGAACUACACCUGUGCCUGCCCCACUGGCUUCCGCAAGAUCAGUAGCCACGCCUGUGCCCAGAGUCUUGACAAGUUCCUGCUUUUUGCCCGAAGGAUGGACAUCCGUCGAAUCAGCUUUGACACAGAGGACCUGUCUGAUGAUGUCAUCCCACUGGCUGACGUACGCAGUGCUGUGGCCCUUGACUGGGACUCCCGGGAUGACCACGUGUACUGGACAGAUGUCAGCACUGAUACCAUCAGCAGGGCCAAGUGGGAUGGAACAGGACAGGAGGUGGUAGUGGAUACCAGUUUGGAGAGCCCAGCUGGCUUGGCCAUUGAUUGGGUCACCAACAAACUGUACUGGACAGAUGCAGGUACAGACCGGAUUGAAGUAGCCAACACGGAUGGCAGCAUGAGAACAGUACUCAUCUGGGAGAACCUUGAUCGUCCUCGGGACAUUGUGGUGGAACCCAUGGGCGGGUACAUGUAUUGGACUGACUGGGGUGCGAGCCCCAAGAUUGAACGAGCUGGCAUGGAUGCCUCAGGCCGCCAAGUCAUUAUCUCUUCUAAUCUGACCUGGCCUAAUGGGCUAGCUAUUGAUUAUGGUUCCCAGAGGCUAUACUGGGCUGACGCCGGCAUGAAGACAAUUGAAUUUGCUGGACUGGAUGGCAGUAAGAGGAAGGUGCUGAUCGGAAGCCAGCUCCCCCACCCAUUUGGGCUGACCCUCUAUGGAGAGCGCAUCUAUUGGACUGACUGGCAGACCAAGAGUAUACAGAGCGCUGACCGGCUGACAGGGCUGGACCGGGAGACUCUGCAGGAGAACCUGGAGAACUUGAUGGACAUCCAUGUCUUCCACCGCCGCCGGCCCCCAGUGUCUACACCAUGUGCUAUGGAGAAUGGCGGCUGUAGCCACCUGUGUCUUAGGUCCCCAAAUCCGAGCGGCUUCAGCUGUACCUGCCCCACAGGCAUCAACCUGCUGCCUGAUGGCAAGACUUGCUCACCAGGCAUGAACAGUUUCCUCAUCUUCGCCAGGAGGAUAGACAUUCGCAUGGUCUCCCUGGACAUCCCUUAUUUUGCUGAUGUGGUGGUACCAAUCAACAUUACCAUGAAGAACACCAUUGCCAUUGGAGUAGACCCCCAGGAAGGAAAAGUGUACUGGUCUGACAGCACACUGCACAGGAUCAGCCGUGCCAAUCUGGAUGGCUCACAGCACGAGGACAUCAUCACCACAGGGCUACAGACCACAGAUGGGCUCGCGGUGGAUGCCAUUGGCCGGAAAGUGUACUGGACAGACACGGGAACAAACCGGAUUGAAGUGGGCCACCUGGACGGGUCCAUGCGGAAAGUGCUGGUGUGGCAGAACCUUGACAGUCCCCGGGCAAUCGUACUGUACCAUGAGAUGGGGUUUAUGUACUGGACAGACUGGGGGGAGAAUGCCAAGUUAGAGCGGUCCGGAAUGGAUGGCUCAGACCGCACGGUGCUCAUCAGCAACAACCUAGGAUGGCCCAAUGGACUGACUGUGGACAAGGCCAGCUCCCAGCUGCUGUGGGCCGAUGCCCACACCGAGCGAAUUGAGGCUGCUGACCUGAAUGGUGCCAAUCGGCAUACGUUGGUGUCACCGGUGCAGCAUCCAUAUGGCCUCACCCUCCUCGACUCCUAUAUAUACUGGACUGACUGGCAGACCCGGAGCAUCCACCGUGCCGACAAGGGUACUGGCAGCAAUGUUAUCCUCGUGAGGUCCAACCUGCCAGGCCUCAUGGACAUCCAGGCUGUGGACCGGGCACAGCCACUAGGUUUUAACAAGUGUGGCUCGAGAAAUGGUGGCUGCUCCCACCUCUGCUUGCCCCGGCCUUCUGGCUUCUCCUGUGCCUGUCCCACUGGCAUCCAGCUGAAGGGAGAUGGGAAGACUUGUGAUCCCUCUCCUGAGACCUACCUGCUCUUCUCCAGCCGUGGCUCCAUCCGGCGUAUCUCACUGGACACCAGUGACCACACUGAUGUGCACGUCCCUGUUCCUGAGCUCAACAAUGUCAUCUCCCUGGACUAUGACAGCGUGGAUGGAAAGGUCUAUUACACAGAUGUGUUCCUGGAUGUUAUCAGGCGAGCAGACCUGAAUGGCAGCAACAUGGAGACAGUGAUCGGGCGUGGGCUGAAGACCACUGACGGGCUGGCAGUGGACUGGGUGGCCAGGAACCUGUACUGGACAGACACAGGUCGAAAUACCAUUGAGGCAUCCAGGCUGGAUGGUUCCUGCCGCAAAGUGCUGAUCAACAAUAGCCUGGAUGAGCCCCGGGCCAUUGCUGUUUUCCCCAGGAAGGGGUACCUCUUCUGGACAGACUGGGGCCACAUUGCCAAGAUUGAACGGGCGAACCUGGACGGUUCUGAGCGGAAGGUCCUCAUCAACACAGACCUGGGCUGGCCCAACGGCCUCACCCUGGACUAUGAUACCCGCAGGAUCUACUGGGUAGACGCCCAUCUGGACCGGAUUGAGAGUGCUGACCUCAACGGGAAACUGCGGCAGGUCUUGGUUAGCCAUGUGUCCCACCCCUUUGCCCUCACACAGCAAGACAGGUGGAUCUACUGGACAGACUGGCAGACCAAGUCAAUCCAGCGUGUUGACAAAUACUCAGGCCGGAACAAGGAGACAGUGCUGGCAAAUGUGGAAGGACUCAUGGAUAUCAUCGUGGUUUCCCCUCAGCGGCAGACAGGGACCAAUGCCUGUGGUGUGAACAAUGGUGGCUGCACCCACCUCUGCUUUGCCAGAGCCUCGGACUUCGUAUGUGCCUGUCCUGACGAACCUGAUAGCCAGCCCUGCUCUCUUGUGCCUGGCCUGGUACCACCAGCUCCUAGGUCCACUGGCAUGAGUGAAAAGAGCCCGGUGCUACCCAACACACUACCUACCACCUUGCAUUCUUCAACCACCCGGACCCGCAUGUCUCUGGAGGAGGUGGAAGGAAGAUGUUCUGAAAGGGAUGCCAGGCUGGGCCUCUGUGCACAUUCCAAUGAGGCCGUUCCUGCUGCUCCAGGGGAAGGACUUCAUAUCAGCUACGCCAUUGGUGGACUCCUCAGUAUUCUGCUGAUUUUGGUGGUGAUUGCAGCUUUGAUGCUGUACAGACAUAAAAAAUCCAAGUUCACUGAUCCUGGAAUGGGGAACCUCACCUACAGCAACCCCUCCUACCGAACAUCCACACAGGAAGUGAAGAUUGAAGCAAUCCCCAAACCAGCCAUGUACAACCAGCUGUGCUAUAAGAAAGAGGGAGGGCCUGACCAUAACUACACCAAGGAGAAGAUCAAGAUCGUAGAGGGAAUCUGCCUCCUCUCUGGGGAUGAUGCUGAGUGGGAUGACCUCAAGCAACUGCGAAGCUCACGGGGGGGCCUCCUCCGGGAUCAUGUAUGCAUGAAGACAGACACAGUGUCCAUCCAGGCCAGCUCUGGCUCCCUGGAUGACACAGAGACGGAGCAGCUGUUACAGGAAGAGCAGUCUGAGUGUAGCAGCGUCCAUACUGCAGCCACUCCAGAAAGACGAGGCUCUCUGCCAGACACGGGCUGGAAACAUGAACGCAAGCUCUCCUCAGAGAGCCAGGUCUAAAUGCCCGCGUUCUCUUCCCUGCCUGCCUGUUCCUUCUCCUUUAUGGACGUCUAGUCCUUGUGCUCGCUUACACCGCAGGCCCCUCUUCUGUGUGCUCGUCCUCCUCCUCCUCCCACCCCAUAACUGCUCCUAAGCCCUCACCGGAGCCGUUUACCACCUGAGUCCAUAACUACCUGUGCACAACAAAUGAUGGCGCAUCUCGAGAAUUUAGACCUGGAUUUUACCAUGAACCUCACAUCUUGUACUCCAUCCUGGGCCCCCUGAAACUGCUUAUUCAUGAUUCCUCGCCAGCGUAGAGCUCCACCUCCCCUUCCCCCGGUACCCUCAGUGCCUGCUUCUCAGUGCUGAUGCAGCUGAUGACCCAGGACUGUGCUCUGCCCCAUCACAGCCAGCAUGACUGCUUCUCUGAGAGAACUUGCCCAUCAGGGGCUGGGACAAGGGGUUGUGGGUAAAGAGGGAUGAAGGAUAGAGGCUGAGAGAAGAAGGAAAAGUCAGCCCAGCAGGUAUGGGCAUGUGGGAAACCUUCAGCCUCAAGUGUGUUGGUAACAUGAAAAAGCUUUGGGGGGUAGUUGGGUCUGGGUGUCUGGUCCAUUGCUGGCAGUGGACAUUAUUCUUGCCCUAAGAGUCACUGCCUUUUCAGCAGCAGAUACUGGUGAGAUGGGGGUGGCUCAAGCUGUUCUUCCUCCUGCUAGAAUGUGUGGAGCUCUUUCUACCUUCGGAUAACGGGGGCCCCUAUCACGAGGCUACUGGCUGAUAUGAAUUCCCUCCUGGUGCCACCACUGGCCAGUAUCUUUCCUAAGUCUUUGAUCAGAGUAACCAGGUUGUGAGCCAGUGGCUUGAGUGAAUGUUAGGCCUUGGGGGCUGAGUCUCUGAAAAGUCUAAGAAGCUCUGCCUAGACCAAACAUGGUAUAUACCACCUGAACCCUCUCUCCCUCAUUCCCUGGGAUUCUAGGGAAGAGACCUAGAAACAAGCUUUCAAAGAAAAACCAGAAGUUGUCAUAAAUGGUCAGAAAGAACAAUCAGGUUGGAGACUUGGGACACCCAGGGCCUAAAGAGAAGUAUCCAUGAGGGUCAAACUUCCUGUCAAACUUCCUGUGUUCUUUCUCAAGUGCUCAGGGAUCUAAAUUAGUGGACAGCGAGCCUGUGGCUGUGGGGUGGUGACGUUCCUCUUCCAGCUGUCUCCUCAGCUAAGGGGCUUAGUUUCCGUGUGGGAUGCCAUCACUUGGUUCAUGCUCAUUCACACAAAGGGCAUGUGUCUCAGCCUAGUAUGAGGGAAAUUGAGACUUAUUUUUGCCCUAAAACGUCUCCCUAGCUGUUCUUCGUGGGUCGGUUUUUUUGUUUUUUUGUUUUUUUUCCCGUUUGUUUUUUGCCUAAUUUGCUUUUUCUGACCAAGCCUUGUGGCACCAGCAAUCUCCAAAGUCCUGUGGUGGGAGGGCUGAAUAAAUAAAGAUGCAAAGAGGUGGGCAAGGAGUAGGAAGGUAGAGAGCACCACUGAUGAGGCCCUCCUAGCCCACGGCAGACCCAGACCUCUUCUCCCCCAGGAAUUAGAAGUGGCAGGAGAGGACAAGAGGGGCUGGGAAUGGAGGGGAGAAUUUCUAGGGGAAGUUUCCUGAGUUGAAACUUCUCCUGUGGUUACUGGUAUUGAGAAAUCAGCUACCAAACAUGGGUGAAAAAGGACAAGAUCAAGUCAGUUCUAAGACUGCUAGAGAGAGAUACCAAGCCCUUAGCCUUGCUCUCAGUAGCAUCAGCCCCAGGUCUGAGCUUCCCCACAUUACAGCCUCCCCACAUUACACUUGACAAAGCAGUAAAGGAGGGAGCACUUUGGGUCCUUACACUCAUGUCUGGGGAGGAAGAGCAAGUAGAAAAGUGGCAUUUCCUUGAUUGGAAGGAGGGAAGGAUCUUAUUGCACUUGGGCUGUUCAGAAUGUAGAAAGGACAUAUUUGAGGAAGUAUCUAUUUGAGCACUGAUUUACUCUGUAAAAAGCAAAAUCUCUCUGUCCUAAACUAAUGGAAGCGAUUCUCCCAUGCUCAUGUGUAAUGGUUUUAACGUUACUCACUGGAGAGAUUGGACUUUCUGGAGUUAUUUAACCACUAUGUUCAGUAUUUUAGGACUUUAUGAUAAUUUAAUAUAAAUUUAGCUUUUCUUAAUCA